GUGCUGAGGUGACAAGGAAGCUAAGCGGAUGUGAGCGCGCAUAUGUGGACAGAUCGGCGAGAGGAAGCAGCUGUUGCUGAAUUAAGCUGUUUAAUGGGAGCCGUUCCGUUUGGAAAUUAGCCGAAUGUCGUCGUAGGUGUGUCGCGUUUAAUGUGUCUCUACAAGUGAGCGAAGAUGAUGUCAGAAUGCGACCCGACAGAGCCCUGCGAGCCUGCGGACUCAGCCGUCACGCCGCUGUCGCCGGCGGACUCCGGCUUCCAGCCCACGGAGCCUCCAGGUGACUCGUAUGGCAGGAACGGUCCGGGGAUUCUGGCGAAGCCGGGGGUCGCCGUGCGCUACUCGGACUCCUGUGAAAGUGUCCUCACCGAGCUGGAGACGGACGGAUCCAGCGAGGAGACGCUGCUUCUCCCGUGCCUGACCGGAGGAUCGGCGCCUCCGCGGGGAGAGAAGCAGAGCCGGCGGAAGAGACAAAGCUCGUCGUCGGACAAGGACACCGUGGCCUCGCCAGGAGCCAAUGGUGGGGAGUUUAACCAUUUCCCUGCCGAUCCGGAGUUUGCUGACAUCAUCCAAAGGGCUGAACAGGCCAUUGAGAACGGCGUCUGUCCAGAGAGGAUAUCCCAGGGGUCCAGUGGAAGCUACUUUGUCAAAGAUGCAAAACGGAAAACAGUUGGAGUUUUUAAACCAAAGUCAGAGGAACCCUACGGUCACUUGAAUCCAAAAUGGACCAAAUAUUUUCACAAGCUCUGCUGUCCCUGUUGCUUCGGUCGAGGCUGCCUAUUGCCCAACCAGGGUUACCUCUCAGAGGCCGCUGCUUCACUCGUCGACACCAAGCUGUGCUUGGGAAUAGUCCCAAAAACCAAGGUGGUGUACUUGGCCAGUGAGACCUUUCAUUACAGUGCCAUCGACAGAGCCAAGUCUAGAGGAAAGAAAUACGCCUUGGAAAAAGUGCCAAAAGUUGGACGGCGGUUUCACCGAGUGGGUCUUCCACCCAAGGUGGGUUCCUUUCAGCUCUUUGUGGAGGGCUACCGGGAGGCGGACUACUGGCUGCGGCGCUUCGAGGCCGAACCUUUGCCAGAGAACAUCAGGAAGCAGCUGCAGUCUCAGUUCGAACGGCUGGUGGUGCUGGACUACGUCAUCAGAAACACAGAUCGAGGAAACGAUAACUGGUUGAUCAAGUAUGAGAAGCCGGGAGACUCGGAGGCACCGAAGGACCCAGACUGGCCAGAGAACAGCACAGCAGCGUCCUGCAUCAAGAUCGCAGCCAUCGACAACGGCCUGGCCUUUCCCUUUAAGCACCCUGAUGAGUGGAGAGCCUAUCCCUUUCACUGGGCCUGGCUCCCACAGGCUAAAGUGCCCUUCUCGCAAGAGACCAGAGACCUGGUGCUGACCCGGCUCUCCGACAUGAACUUCGUCCAGGACCUCUGUGAAGAUCUCUAUGAAAUGUUUAAGACGGAUAAGGGCUUCGACAAAACCAUGUUCGAGAGACAAAUGUCCGUCAUGAGGGGACAGGUGCUGAACCUGACCCAAGCCCUGAAGGACGGCAAGAGCCCCAUCCAGCUGGUACAGAUGCCCCGUGUGGUGGUGGAGCGCAGCCGCUCGGGUAGCCAGGGCCGCGUGGUCACUUUGGGCAACGCCUUCACGCAAACCUUCCACUGCAAACGUCCCUUUUUCACCUCUUGGUAGAGGAACCACUUGAGCGUGAUGAAUGAAGGGAAUGAUUCUUCGCGAGGAAAACCUUGAGCGUGAUCCGCAAAGAAGUUGGGCACAAGGUCACUUCCUAAUUUAUGAAGCUGUCGUUGUGAUAUCGGCAUUCCAACCAUUUGUGGUUGCCAUGGCGACUUGAAUGAAUAAGGGGCUUUUCACACAGACUGGGUUUGUCAAUUGGUCCGAGGAGGAUGGCGUGAUCCUCACUCAAGAGCCACAGUGGCGUCUUCAGCGUGCUCCUAACCAGCAGCUUGAGAUUCUCCACCGAGCUCAUGCUCCCAGUCUUGUUUUGCCUUGCGUGUUUGCUUUUGGAAAAUGGAAAUGAGCUCACGCUCCACCGGAGGUGUUUGACUGGUGCAGUCAGAGCUCUGCUUCAACCUCGCACCGCGUCAACGAAGCAAACCAGUGUCCUCCACCGUCACUACUGCCAAAACCUGUCUGUGGAAGGACGAGUGCGCAGCCUCUUGAUGAAACUUGAAUAGAAGCCAAUGCAAAAGGCUCGGACUUCGAAUGUAAACAGUUUACUCUUUCUAGACUUCCCGAACAUUUCAAGACACAUGCACGCCGACGUCUUUCUCCUCUCAAGAUGAAUGUAUUGGCUGUCAUGCUGUGUUGGAUUGCCGGCGUGCACGAGGAGACCCUCACUCUGAGACGCCGCGUUUCUUAUUUAUGCAUCUUGAUACUUUUCAUGAUUGUACCAGAAUAGUUGUAUAUUUAACAGAUGAUGAAUAAAAUACA